AUGGAGUCUCUCCUGCCACCUCAUCAGGUGUAUGUGGGUUUCUGUUUUCAGAAUUUGGUGACCUUCUCUGAUGUGGCUAUAGGCUUCACUCAGGAGGAGUGGGCUUGUCUGGACCCUGUGCAGAGGAAGCUGUACUGGGAUGUGAUGCUGGAAAACUACAGUAACCUGGUCUCCAUAGAUACACAAUCAUCCUAUAGAACCAACCAUUUAACUAGUCGAAGAAGCAUUGAUGGAUUGAGCUUUUACAAAAGUAAUCCAAGUAACAGAAGUCUAUCUCCCCACCCUUAUGGGAUUGGUGAAGGUAAAUAUGAACAACUGCGGGGCUCUGGAGAGGGAAAUGUCAAUAAUGUAACAGACAGUACUAGAAAAGCACCCACUGAGAGAGAUAGCACACCAACACCAUAUGUGAGGCCUCAAACGGAGAGGUCCUUCUUAUGUCAGGGCUGUUGGAAAGCCUUCAGUCAUGGGUAUCUGCUUAGUCAGCAUCAAAUUCACACUGGCGAGAAGCCCUGUGAGUGCAAGAAAGCCUUCCUCUGCUGCAAUCCACUUGCUCAGCACCAGAAAACUCACACCGGGGAGAAGCCUUAUGAUUGUAACAGCUUCGGAAAGGCCUCUUGCUGGGGUUCGAGCCUUGUUGUUCAUAGAAUUCACAGUGGGGAGAAACCAUACUUACUUAAACACUGUGGGGAAACCUUUAGGUGUGGCGACAAACUCACUCGGCAUCAGCAGUUUCAUACUGGGGAGAAACGCUAUGAGUGUAAAGGCUGUGGGGAGACUUUCAGGCACCUCUAUAAAUUUAUGCAGCACAAGAGAAUUCUCUGUAGGGAUAAGCCCUAUGAAUGGAAGGACUGUGGGAAGGCCUUUAUUUGUGAUUCCAGCCUCAUUCAGCCUGAGAGAAUCCACACAGGUGAGAAACCCUUUGAAUGCCAAGAGUGUGGGAAGUCCUUCACUAGAGUCAAUUUCCUCACUCGGCACCAGAAGCUUCACACUAGCGAGAAACCACAUGAGUGUAAGGAAUGUAGGAGAGCCUUUCACUGGCUUUCAAGCCUUGUUAACCAUGAAAGAAUUCAUUCAGGUGAGAAACUCUAUAAAUGUACAGAAUGUGGGAAGGCCUUUAUGUAUGAAUCAGGCCUUCUUAAACAUGAGCGAAUUCACACUGGUGAAACCCCUUAUAAAUGUAAGGAAUGUGGGAAGAACUUUGUAUAUCGAUCGAGCCUUCUUAAACAUGAGCAAAUUCACACUGGUGAAACCCCUUAUAAAUGUAAGGAAUGUGGGAAGAACUUUAUAUAUCGAUCAAGACUUCUUAAACAUGAGCGAAUUCACACUGGUGAAACCCCUUAUAAAUGUAAGGAAUGUGGGAAGAACUUUGUAUAUGGAUCAGGCCUUCUUAAACAUGAGAGAAUUCACACCGGAGAGAAAGCCCACGAACGUAAGGAAUGUGUGCAGUCAUGCCCAUCAGCUUAGACAGCACGAGAAAACUCACAAGGCAAAACCGUGUUAGGAGUGUGGAAAGAUUCACAGUAAUAUAAAGAGAACAUUAGAAGACUCAUGCACAUUGAGAACAUUGGCUACAAAGAGCACACCAAGGCCUCUACCUUACAUUCAUUCUUUCCUUGGUGAUUAAUCUAUCUUAAGAAAGCCUACCAUGGGCAUUUGCCUGCUUGAUAUCAGAAGGCAUACUAGAAGUAAAUUGGGGGAGUGUAAAAGUCACUUUUCUUAGUGAUUAUGUCCUUCUGUAUUAGUGUUCUUAUUGGAUGAGUCGGUCUUUCCUUAGCAAUCACUUCCUUUCCUCUUGGUGUUCUUACUGGAUAAGUUUGUUGCGUAAAUUCGUAGAUGCGCAAAACCAUUCCACCUUUCAUUGCAUUUAGGUUCACUGGAGGGGAGCAACCCUUCUCAUGUGACACUUGUGGCAAAGCCUUUAGUCUUGGCAUAUGCCAUACCAGCUAGCAUCACCAUUCCAGCUCUUUGCUCUCUGUGAGACACUCACAAGCUGCUCCUCACCCCCGACAAAUCCAUCUUACACUGCAGGAGAUCAGUUCAAAAUGCACUUAAGACACCUUAUCAACCAAACACCACAGCUUAACCCAGCUUGCCUCCAGUGUGCUCAGAGCAUGCCUUUACCCAACACUGGGCAAAUCAUCUAACACAAAGUCUAUUCACGAAUAAAAUACAGAGGCUCACACAAUUUCUUGACUAAUGGUCAGGCAUGUGCUAGCCUCAAGAGACUGAGAUAGGAAGAUUGAGAGUUCAAGGCUAGCCUGAGCAACAUACCAGAUUUCAGACUAGUCUACAUAGCAUCACCACGCCUCAAAAAGUUUUUUUGAAUAUUGUGUUAAAAGUGAAAAUCAGUGGUGAUUUUCACACCAUCUUGAAGUUGAUGCUUUCACACCAUCGUGACGUUGAAAGAUCUGCGGUUAUAUUAGGUACACUUUCACACCAUCUUGAAGUUGAAAAAUCAGUUCUUGUGGUUCAGUUCACUUCUACAGAGUUGAAAAUUGAGUAGUUAUAUUGAACAUGUUUUCACACCAUUCUAGAGCUGAAAAAUCAAGUGGUGGUUUGGAGGUUUUCACACUGUCAUAAAAUGGAAAAAGCAGUUAUGCUCAGUAUAUGUCUGUGCUACUGUACUGCUGAAAAACCUGGUCAUAUUGAGAGUACUUUCACAGAAUUGACAGCAUCAGUGAUUAGACUGGGCAUACUUUUGUAAAACUGAAAAAUCAGUAGUUAUAUUGAACAUGCUUUCACACUGUCACAAAGCUGAAAAAUCCAUAGUUGUGUGGACACACUUUCGCAAUGUUGUGAUUUGAAAAGGCUAUAAGCCAGGCAGUGGUGGCUUAUGCCUUUAAUCCCAGCACUGGGGAGGCAGAGGCAGGCAGGUCUCUGUGAGUUCAAGACCAGCCUGGGCUACAAGAGCUAGGUCCAGGACAAGCUCCAAAAGCUACAGAGAAACCCUGUCUCAAAAAACAAAGACAAAAACCAAAAAAACAAGGCUAUGGUUGUCUGGAUUGCUUUUGUGCCAUCAAAAAGUUGAAAACCUCCGUAUAGCAAGACUGCCUGUGUUUGUAAAAUGUCUGUUCUGUGCACGUCUUUCCCAUAAAGAUAAUCCCACUAUGGAAACUAAAUGUAAACUCCUUAAGACUGUCUUAGGAGACUGUCAGCUCUAUAAAUACUGCCUACCACUGUUCUUGUGGUCAUCACCAUUAGUAUUGUCAUCACGAGCCAUUCCAGGUAGACCCCUGUGGGUUCCCUUGGAAUGCGACCGAGAUGGCAUUAGGAUGACUGUUUCCAUCUUGGAUUAAGCAGUGAUUUCUUAGUGCAUGGACCACACUGAAGGGAAAAGAUCAUUAGACUUUGUCAGACUAGAAGCUGCUGAUGAAGAAAAAAAGAAAGGUGAGGAACAGAGUGAGGUGUGCACCAAUCUGCAGACUGCCCGAGGCAUCAGGAAUCCCACAGUCAACAGAGACUCAAGAGGCGACACAUGUCAGAGAUCACCAGGUGGCCAAUAAGUUGAUGGAAAUGUGUCCCACCUCAUUCCUCAGCAAGGAAACGCAAAGGAAAACCACUAUGGCAUGUCAGGAGAGUCACAGGAAUUCCUAACAUUAAAAUGAGGAAGUAGAUCAAAAAUCUCACCACACAAGUGAGGUGAUGGAUGUUUCUUCAGUUCAGUCAUUCCCCAUUGUAUAUAUGUAUUAAAACAUCACAGUGUUCUCUACAAAGAUAAUAUACAAUGUAAA